AUGUCUGGCACAGCGGCGGACAUCUCACUGGUACACUGGCGACAACAGUGGCUGGAGAAUGGCACCUUGUACUUUCACGUCUCCAUGAGCAGCUCUGGGCAGCUGGCCCGGGCCACCGCCCCCACACUCCAGGAGCCCUCAGAGAUUGUAGAGGAGCAGAUGCACAUUCUCCACAUUUCCGUGAUGGGCGGCCUUAUCGCACUGCUGCUUCUCCUGCUCGUGUUCACCGUGGCCCUGUAUGCCCAGCGGCGCUGGCAGAAGCGGCACCGCAUCCCCCAGAAGAGUGCAAGCACAGAAGCCACUCAUGAGAUCCACUACAUCCCCUCAGUGCUACUUGGUCCCCAGGCCCGGGAGAGCUUCCGCUCCUCCCGGCUGCAAGCCCACAAUUCUGUCAUUGGCGUGCCCAUCCGAGAGACCCCCAUCCUCGAUGACUAUGACUAUGAGGAGGAUGAGGACCUGCCCCGGCGGGCCAACCACCUCUCCCGUGAGGACGAGUUUGGCAGCCAGGUGACCCACACCCUGGACAGCCUGGGCCGGCCAGGGGAAGAGAAGGUGGACUUUGAGAAGAAAGCAGCAGCAGAGGCGACGCAGGAGACAGUGGAGUCCCUGAUGCAGAAGUUCAAGGAGAGUUUCCGCACUAACACGCCCAUCGAGAUCGGUCAGCUCCAGCCAGCUCCACGCAGCAUGUCAGCAGGGAAGCGGAGGCGGAGGAGCAAGUCUCGAGGUGGGAUCAGCUUUGGGAGAACCAAAGGGACAUCGGGGUCAGAGGCAGACGAUGAAACACAGCUGACAUUUUACACGGAGCAGUACCGCAGCCGGCGCCGCAGCAAAGGUUUACUGAAAAGCCCAGUGAACAAGACGGCCCUGACGCUGAUUGCUGUAAGCUCCUGCAUCCUAGCCAUGGUGUGUGGCAGCCAGAUGUCUUGUCCACUCACUGUGAAGGUGACUCUGCAUGUCCCUGAGCACUUCAUCGCAGACGGGAGCAGCUUCGUGGUAAGUGAAGGGAGCUACCUGGACCUUGGAGUAUGGGUGAACCUGGCCAAGAUUUCCUGGUUCCAGCCACAGCCUAGCAUAGGAGAGUGCAGUUGUCAUGAAGGAUUUGCCCCUGACCCCAUCCACAGACAUCUUUGUGUGCGCAGUGACUGGGGACAGAGUGAAGGGCCUUGGCCUUACACAACACUUGAGAGAGGCUAUGAUCUUGUGACAGGGGAACAAGCCCCUGAGAAGAUUCUCAGGUCUACUUUCAGCUUGGGCCAAGGACUCUGGCUUCCUGUCAGCAAAAGCUUUGUGGUUCCACCUGUGGAGCUGUCUAUCAACCCCCUGGCCAGCUGUAAGACUGAUGUGCUCGUCACAGAAGACCCUGCAGAUGUCAGGGAAGAAGCGAUGCUGUCCACGUACUUUGAAACCAUCAAUGACCUGCUGUCCUCCUUUGGGCCAGUUCGUGACUGCUCUCGGAACAACGGGGGCUGCACUCGCAACUUCAAGUGUGUGUCUGACCGCCAGGUGGACUCUUCAGGAUGUGUGUGUCCCGAAGAGCUGAGGCCCAUGAAGGACGGCUCGGGCUGCUAUGACCACUCCAAAGGCAUCGACUGCUCCGACGGCUUUAACGGUGGUUGUGAGCAGCUGUGCCUGCAGCAGACACUGCCUUUGCCCUACGAUGCCACCUCCAGCACCAUCUUCAUGUUCUGCGGUUGUGUGGAGGAGUACAAGCUGGCUCCUGAUGGAAAAUCCUGCCUAAUGCUCUCAGAUGUCUGCGAAGGCCCCAAGUGCCUCAAACCUGACUCAAAAUUCAACGACACCCUCUUUGGAGAGAUGCUGCAUGGUUACAACAACCGGACCCGGCAUGUGGACCAAGGCCAAGUCUUCCAGAUGACCUUCAGGGAGAACAACUUCAUCAAGGACUUCCCCCAGCUGGCCGACGGGCUGUUGGUGAUCCCGCUGCCGGUGGAGGAGCAGUGCCGCGGGGUCCUCUCCGAGCCCCUCCCCGACCUCCAGCUGCUCACCGGAGACAUCAGGUACGACGAGGCCAUGGGUUACCCCAUGGUGCAGCAGUGGCGGGUCCGGAGCAACCUCUACCGCGUGAAGCUCAGCACCAUCACCCUCUCGGCAGAGUUCACCAAUGUCCUCAAGAUCCUGACCAAGGAGAGCAGUCGGGACGAGCUGUUGUCCUUCAUCCAGCACUAUGGCUCCCACUACAUCGCAGAGGCACUUUAUGGCUCAGAGCUCACCUGCAUCAUCCAUUUCCCCAGCAAGAAGGUCCAGCAACAGCUGUGGCUCCAGUAUCAGAAAGAAACCACAGAGCUGGGCAGCAAGAAGGAGCUGAAGUCCAUGCCCUUCAUCACCUACCUCUCUGGUCUGCUGACGGCUCAGAUGCUAUCAGAUGACCAGCUCAUCUCAGGGGUGGAGAUCCGCUGUGAGGAGAAGGGCCGCUGUCCAUCCACCUGCCACCUCUGCCGCCGGCCAGGCAAGGAGCAGCUGAGCCCUACACCGGUGCUGCUGGAAAUCAACCGUGUGAUACCACUUUACACCCUCAUCCAAGACAACGGCACGAAGGAGGCCUUCAGGAGUGCACUGAUGAGCUCCUACUGGUGCUCAGGGAAAGGGGACGUGAUUGAUGACUGGUGUAGAUGUGACCUCAGCGCCUUUGAUGCCAAUGGGCUCCCCAACUGCAGCCCCCUUCCACAGCCGGUGCUGCGGCUGUCCCCAACAGUGGAACCUUCCAGCACCGUGGUCUCUUUGGAGUGGGUAGAUGUUCAGCCAGCUAUUGGGACCAAGGUCUCUGACUAUAUUCUGCAGCACAAGAAAGUGGACGAAUACACAGAUACUGACCUCUACACAGGAGAAUUCCUGAGUUUUGCUGAUGACUUACUCUCUGGCCUGGGCACAUCUUGCGUAGCAGCUGGUCGAAGCCAUGGGGAGGUCCCUGAAGUCAGUAUCUACUCGGUCAUCUUCAAGUGUCUGGAGCCUGAUGGUCUCUACAAGUUUACUCUGUAUGCUGUGGAUACACGGGGGCGGCACUCAGAGCUCAGCACAGUGACUCUGAGGACAGCCUGUCCGCUAGUGGAUGACAACAAGGCAGAAGAGAUAGCUGACAAGAUCUACAAUCUGUACAAUGGGUACACAAGUGGAAAGGAGCAGCAGACUGCCUAUAACACGCUGAUGGAAGUCUCAGCUUCUAUGCUGUUUCGAGUCCAGCAUCACUACAACUCUCACUAUGAAAAGUUUGGAGACUUUGUCUGGAGGAGUGAGGAUGAGCUGGGGCCCAGGAAGGCCCACCUGAUCCUGCGGCGGCUGGAAAGGGUGAGCAGUCACUGCUCCAGCCUCCUGCGAAGCGCCUACAUCCAGAGCCGCGUGGACACUGUGCCCUAUCUUUUCUGCCGCAGUGAAGAGGUCCGGCCUGCAGGCAUGGUCUGGUACAGCAUCCUCAAGGACACCAAAAUCACAUGCGAGGAGAAGAUGGUGUCCAUGGCCCGAAACACGUACGGGGAGUCCAAGGGCCGGUGAGGGAGGGUGCUGCCCUCUGUGAGCACAGAGACUCUCCACGGGAAGGGGAGCAGGACAUAUGUGGAUCCUGGGGCCGGAUGGGCUGGGGGACAGCUGAGGAUGGGCCUGGCCAAUGACGAUCGCCAGCAAGGCCAAAGCAAACCCUUUUUUUUUUUUUUUCCCCCUGUGGAUAGUGGACAGAGAACUUUGUAACCACUGGAAUUAUUCAUUUUUCUCUCUUUUAUUUUUUCCUAAGAUAUUAUUUGGCUCUAUCAAAGUCUCUCCUUUUUAACCUUUUCUUGUGGAUGGUGGUCAAUCCGGAGGCAGGAGCUUUCAGGUGGAGACCAAAUGGCCUUUCCUCUUCUUUCUCCCUCCUGCUUAAGUCAGCCUUCUACCAGCCAUAGAGCCCUGGAGGACACUUUGAGGAGACAGUUUGACCUCUUCAGCAUCAGGAAGGAAGCCCCAAGGAUUGUUGCAGUGAGGAAGCUUGGGUCUUUAGGACUUUUUUUUUUUUUUUUUUUGAGGGUACUGAAUUUGCAGGACCCCUGCCUCUUCCUGCUACCUGUGGGUCUGACUCAGAGUCCCUACAGGACUUCCCAUGCAUUAAAAAUUCCUAUUGUCUCUCUUU